AUGCAGGACAGCCUGCGCUCGCACCUGCGCUCUCUGGGCACGGUGCUGGGCCAGGCCACCAAGACCGCGACCAAUGCGGCAAUGGAGGUGUCUCGAGCCGUCGCGACGGAGGUUGGGGGGGCACGGUGCCUGCAGGACUAUGCCCUCCAAGCCCAGGUCGCCACUGGUGGACCCCAGGGCCUGUGGAGGAUCUACUCCGCCCAGGCCAAGAAAUCAGAUGCCCCGUUUCAGCACCUGGCUAGACUGAAGCACCCACUGGUGCUGCGGCUCUUGUCGCCCCUGGAGGAAACGCGCACCCAGAUGGUGUUUGUGACGGAGGCUGUGGUUACGUCGCUGGCAGACUAUCUGGCUGCCUGCGAGGGUCCCCCACCGCCCCUGUCAGUGAGCCACCCAGGCAAUCAGUCCAGCCCGUCCGCCGUGCGCAUGAGUGAGCUGGAGCUGAAGCAUGGCGUGCUGCAGAUGGCUGACGCCAUCCACUUCCUCCACUCUGGCGCCAGCAUGGCACAUCGCGGCAUCUGCCCGCACGCCGUCUUCAUUGCCCGAGCGGGCGGCUGGAAGCUGGCAUGUUUCGCCUUUGCCACGCCCUUGGACUUUCGAGACGGCGAGGCAUCUGGUGGAUUCGACUUCUCGGACCGUCACCCCUCAAUGCUGGCCGCAGCCCUCAAGCCAUCGUUGGCAUACUGCGCUCCGGAGUUGGUGGCGAGUGGCGCGGCCUCUGCGGGGGGCAUGCUGUCGGCCUGCGACGCCUUCUCCAUGGCUGCGCUCACCUACGAGCUCUUUGCACACAGACAGCUGCUCCCAGUAGGCUCGGACCUCAUCACCUAUGAGUCCUACAUCCGAUCGCUGACUCAGCGUGAUCUCGACGGCGUGCCCAUGGAGUUGUGGGGCCCGCUGCGAGGCAUGCUGGCUCCCAUCCCAUCCGCUAGAACUCCUGUGGAAGCCUUCACCGCCAGCGCAUACUUCCAGGGCGACACUCGGCUGCGUGCCCUGAGGUUCCUGGGCACCCUGAUGCAGCGGGAACCUGCGCAGAAGGCGGCCUUCUUCAAGGAUCUGGAGACCAUGCUGGGCAGCCUGGACGGCCGGGUGCUGCGGACCCUGGUCCUCCCUCCAGUGCUUGGGGAGCUGCACAACGCGGCCCUGGCCCCGACCCUGGUCCCCCUGGUCAUGCGCCUGGUGGCGAGCCAGAGCCCCGAGGAGGCGGCGGAGGUGACGCUGCCCGCGCUGCGGCCGCUGGCCAGGGGCGCGACGGGUGCGACCCUGGGCGCGCUGGUGGCGGCCGCACCCGCGCUGCAGGCGGCGCUGCCCAGGGCCGCGGCCGCGGGGCUGGUACCCGGGCUGCUCGCGCGCGGCAUGGCGCCCGAGGCCCCGACGGCGACGGCAGAGACCGCGGCACGCGGCGCGGCGGCCUUGGCCCCGCUGGCCCUGGACUUUGCCGGGCUCAAGGCGCUGGUGGUCCCCGCCGCGCGCGCGCUGUGCCUGUCCACCACCUCCGCCCCCGUGCGCGUUGCCGCGUUCGAGGUGCUGGCGGGUGCCGCGCCGCGGCUGGACGCGGGCGAGGCGGAGGCCACGCUGGCCGUGGCUGCGCGGGUCACCGCCGUGGACCGUAGCGCGCCAAGCGUGGCUGCCGCCGCCGCGCUGGGCGCCGCGCUGGCCCGCCAGCACGGGCCGGACCUGGCCGCGCGCUGCGUGCUGCCCAUGCUCUGCCCGCUGCUGGUGGCGCCCAGCCUCAGCGCGGCGCAGCGCGCCGCGCUCAUGCGCGCCGUGCGCGAGCUCCUCGCCGUCGUGGAGGGCGCCACCGACAAGCCUAAAAUGACCCUCGAGGCCCAGUACGCGCAUUGA